AUAUUCAACCUAUUACGCAUGCCCAGUAUGGUGUUUUGAUGCACUUAAAACCGAAGCUGUGUUUUGAUGCAUAUGAAGAUGGAAACAUAAGUGAAAAUGCUACUGAGCCGAAAACUGAAGAUAUUUGCGAUACUGACCUUCGUAGGAGUCGUUUUAAUGACAGCGUCUUUUGUUAGUCCAGGAUGGGUCAAUUUUAAUGUGAAUGUCGUUGAAGAUAGAUUUCUCCCUGACCCUUUGGACAAUGAUGGUAAAGUCGCUCUUAGUGUGCAUAUGACGGCAGGGGUUUGGUUUUACACCAUAUGCGUUUACAAGUUCAAACGUGGCAGCAACGGAUACUAUGACGUCUACCAGGAAAAGGAGAAACAAUGUACCACACGCGCAAACUCUUACGACUUUGAACAACGGUUAUACGACAUCAGAUUUGGACGACUGAAUAGAAACCUAAUGUUGGAAAUCCAAAUCAUCUCUUCGAUUGGAAUUGUCUUUGCAUUGCUGGGCUUCAUUGGAACUAUUGUCAACACAAGACGUGUGGGAGAAUGCAGAUGGGCUGGUCUUCUGACUUGCAUUAGUCUCUUAACUUCAGGUGGAACCUAUAUUGCAGCGAUGAUAAAGACAGCAGUAGCAACCCCGAACGCACAGAGCGUCUUUUACGACGGCUGGUUUUUUGAGGAUGUCCAAUUCUAUUGUCCAUGGGGUCUCGUUUUGGGAAUAACUGGGUGUCUCUUUACAUUAGUCUCGGCCAUUGGUCCUAUGGUUGUACUAAUAAAAAAUAAAACACACAAUGACGUAAAUGAUUACCAGACGUUUAAAAAUACAAACCAAGGAAUCCUCCAACAAUAUUCCUACCCUAUUAUAGCACCACUAGGAUACCACGAGACGUUUGGGCUGAAAGUACCACUUGUUGAUGAAAAGAGAGAGGAGAAUAUUCUUGGCCCAGGUACACUGAGUAAAUGACUUUUCGACUAGAUCAUGCCGCAGUAAAGACUGAAGUAUCUGAGAUUUAGAUGUAGUAUACUUCAUGAUGUGUUCUUGUUUUCUUGCUUAAUGCAAAUGUGCAUGUUCAAUGAAACUUCUGCUCAUGUGUUUGUAUAGUAAUAAACAUAAUACAAUCACACAAACACAGAUAUUUUGUGAUGUAUAAAACCUACUUUCAGAUAUUUGAUUUAAAUAAAAUGAUGGUCA